AUGAGAAGGAACAUUUUCACCCGGUUUGGCACUCCAAGGGGAAUAACUAGUGACAGUGGCACUCACUUCUGCAACCGAUCCUUAUCAAAGCUAUUAGAAAAGUAUGGAGUUGACCACAAGGUGGCCACUCCGUAUCACCCGCAAACAAGUGGGCAAGUGGAGGUAUCGAACAGAGAGAUAAAGAAUGUGUUGACAAAGAUAGUAAAUGCUAUAAGAACAGAUUGGUCAAGGAAGUUGGAUGAUGCACUCUGGGCUUACCGCACUGCAUUCAAGACCCAAAUCGGUAUGUCGCUGUAUAAAUUGGUAUUUGAUAAGGCAUAUCACUUGCCAGUGGAGUUGGAGCAUAGAGCUUUAUGGGCGUUGAGAAUAUUGAAUCUUCAUAUUGAAGCUGUGGGAAAAAGUAGGGUUACAAAGUUGCAUGAACCUGAUGAAUUCCGUUAA